UAUGGGCGUGGUGCCUGAAAAUAUGGCCCAUCUAAAUCAUUUGUGGGCAGGAAUAAUAUUGACGUGUCCCGCCCACUGGCCGGUCUGCAGACUCACACAAAUACAGUUGUGUGUUUCAUAAAAAUGCACUCAGAUGCGUCAAAUUUCCAGCUGAACUCUCAUUUGUCCACACUGGCCAGUAUCCACAAGAUCUACCACACCCUGCACAGGCUGCACCUGACAGAAGACGUCGGCCCAGAGACUCACGGCACAGCCUGCUGCUCCAGAGCCAUGCCCCCCAGGAAAAAGAGGAGACCCACUGCUGGAGAUGACCUGUCUGCUAAGAAGAGCCGGCAGGAUAAUGUUUACAGAAAACAGGAGACAUUGCAAAUCCAGGAGGCUGAAGCUUUUUCUAGCAAGAGAUGUCUAGAGUGGUUUUAUGAAUAUGCAGGGUGUGAUGAUGUGGUUGGACCAGAAGGGAUGGAGAAAUUCUGUGAAGACAUUGGAGUGGAGCCAGAGAAUGUGGUGAUGCUGGUAUUGGCCUGGAAGCUUGAUGCCCAGAGUAUGGGUUACUUCACUUUACAGGAGUGGCUCAAGGGAAUGGGCUCUUUGCAAUGUGACUCUACUGAAAAACUCAGGAACUCUCUAGACUACCUGAGGUCCGUCCUCAACGAUGCCACCAGUUUCAAGCUCAUUUACCGAUAUGCCUUUGACUUUGCCAGGGAGAAGGAUCAGAGGAGUUUAGACUUGAAUACUGCCAAGUGUAUGCUGGGACUUCUGCUUGGGAAGACCUGGCCAUUGUUUCCAGUGUUUAACCAGUUUCUAGAACAAUCUAAGUAUAAGGUUAUAAAUAAAGAUCAAUGGUGCAAUGUUCUAGAAUUCAGUAGGACUAUCAACCUUGAUCUCAGUAACUAUGAUGAGGACGGGGCCUGGCCAGUGCUGUUGGAUGAGUUUGUGGAAUGGUAUAAAGAUCGAGAGAUGUCGUAGCGACAGCUUCCCCAUGCUUACCGCCAUCACCAACUAGAAACUAAUCGCCAACAAUCACCAUGACAAUGACGACAGAAACGGCUUUGAAACAAACAUCUAGAAAACAAAGUACAAAUCAAAACGGAAGAGUUUGGGACAGACUGAUGGUGGCCUCCGGCUGUGAGGGCUUGAGUGUGUGACUGUUUGCAUAGAAUGUAAUAUCAAUGCACAUGUUUGUAUGUCGCCCUUUUAGUCGGGGCCAUAGGAGGGUCACUGGUGGUUGUGUGUUGGAGAAACAGCACCUCACCGACUCCACCUAAUACCCCCCAUAGCCCACAAUGCACUGUGGGUAAGCACACGGCCAGCCUCGGAGCCGCCUUCCCACCCCACUGUGAUGUUUCAUAUUGCUGUGAAUGUGAAUGAAUAGGCUCUUAAAAGGAGAAUGAAUUUCUCCACAAGGCAGGGUAGUUAAAAACUCCCAUACUGUCUGAAGAUUUAAGACAUUUAGGUAAUUUGGCCCUGGAAGGGCAGAGAAAAGCAGGAACAAGCACCUGCUUGGCUUUUUACUGAAGGUCGGUGACUAGAUACUAAGACUUUUUGGUUCAAAAUGGAAAUAGCUUACAGUAUCACUCUGCUGAUGUGGUCCAAACACUGUUUACUAAGGUUUUUACGUUGGAGGAGGAUGACAUUCAGAGCAUGUUUCCAUAGUUACAUAGCGACCUAUGCCGUAAGUUUUAUUUUUACCAGUCUCACUGCACUUGGUUGCCAUUUAAUAAAGCACACCACAAGCAAGAGUGUCAUAGACAUUCUGCUGUAAGUACUUCCUGUGGUAUCAGUAUACCUUUCACCACUUCAUUUUUGAUAUUGAUUAUGAGAUCAACUUGAAUAGCUUUACUGUUUGCAAAAUGAAGAACAGAGGCUAUACUUAUCAUGAACAUAGAGCCCAGUAUCUUUUUCCUGACUCGCAUGUCCAUUGUGCAUACACGCUGGCAAUGGCAGAUAUGGCCAUCUUGUAGAGGAGUGUGAGCAGGUUAAAUUGACUGCAGAAUGCAUUAAUUAUAUCAUUUGAUUCCUUAGCAAUGUAACUAAACUGUGCAUGUCAUUAAAAUGACAAGACAUGGAUCUAAGUGAUGGAAAAGAGACAGGACAGAAGAAAGCUGUUAAAGUGCACUUUUGAUUUCUGUGAUGAAUUGCCACAAAAAUAUAAAAACAGGUAUUCUGCCCUAAACACUGACUCUCAUUUGGCCACAUCCUCGUCCACAGAUCUUGUGGUCAAAUAUGAUCAAUUUAACCCAUAGUGACCAAUGCCUAGCAACUAUUUAACGUUCUAGUUAUGUUUGUAAAACUGUUGAGUUUUGUCUAUGGCUGUGGCGUGAAGCUAACUUGUCAUUUGAACAAGAACAAAAGCAUGCAUGCAUUCUGCAGUUAGAGCUGUCUUUGUGAAUGAAUGAGGUUUUUCCUUUUUUUGCUCUUGUUUUUUUUGUACAGGUAUUUGUAGAAGUGGACUUUUUGUGCUUAAUUUGGGUAUCCGCGGUCAUGCAGUCUUAACGCUUUAUGAAAAACAUGAUUGUGUGAUGGUAUUUAGAGCUUAAACACACUUGUAACCUCAUCUGUUGAGAUGUUCUUCUCUGCAUUGCCUCCUCCACCAUCUCCACCAAGUGCUAAACUACCCAGUUCAUGAGUGACUGCAGCAUUUCAGUAUAUCUGCAGCGUCAUGAAAAUGUACUAAUUUUGUUAUAUGGAAUUAGAGAACAGAGACAAAAUCAUUGUUAACUUUAUCAAAGCAUAUUUUGGGUAACAAAAGUUUUUUUCUGGUUACAAGACAUUUUUGUUCUGUUCAGAUUGUUUUUCUCUGAAAGAUGGAGGUUGCUAACCAUAAAUUAUUGAUUAAGUAU